AUGAUGGAUCAGGCAACAGCUCAUGCUAAGCGUCUCCGAUCCAGAGUAAGCAUUCAGUGUACUCGCGAAGUUGGCUCUGAAGAAGGUGAUUCUGCCGAAACGUUAGCCAAUAAAGCAAAAAUAAGCAUUGGAAAGAACGAAAAGGAGCGCAUGAUGCCUCGAAAAAACUUAUUGAAAGAUUCUGGCUUCGACUUCAUGAAGCGAUCAGCUAUUGGUGAGACCCCGAAAGUGCUUCUGAAUGGAUACGUCCUGGAUGAUGCUGGUGUUACUGGCGACAAAUUUGAAGAAACUGUAAUGGCGGAGGUAAUGCGUAUUACCCCGAAGCUUCAAGCUUCUAUAAUUAAUGGUCAGCUCAAAGAUCGGAUGAAUGUUGGGAACUGGAUAAUGGAGCAGAAGGAUGUCUUGCCGCGCCAUAACAAACUUAUACUAGAUGCUGUCUUUAGAAAAAAUAUAAUCGAUUUAGGAUCUGUUUCUGAAUGCAAGGCUAAAACAUUAUCCGGCUUCGUUCUUCUUAGCCCUUCUGAACAGGCUCAAUGUUUAGCAGCAGGAAUGAGGUACCUUAAAGGAAGUGAAGAUGACCACACGGUGCUUCUUACUCUUUGGAUAAUUGCCGAUCUAGAUACUCCUAAAGGACUUAAGCUUGUUCACAAUGCUAUGAGACAUUUGGAGGUUAGCAAAAAAUUACGGCUUGGAAUCGUCGUCAACCCCACAAGCGAGGACCGUUCCUGUCAGGCAAAUAGCAUGUCGUCACUUGUUCAUGCUGCUCUUAAGCUGCUUCCACAUAAUUUUGCGAAGCAGUUUAUUACGAAUCUUAUUAAGCUCAAAGGUGUAGACCACUCCGAUAUUCCUAAUUUGGAUGGUUUUAUCGGUGAAGAGACGAUUUGGAAACAUUUCAACAAAGAAAGGAUGAUUCUUGGUUGUGAUCAAAUCAAGAAGGACAGCUUCUUUAUCCAGAAUGUGGCUAACAUAUUACCAGGGCAGAGAGCUUUGGUUGCAAAUGGGAUCAUUGUGGGACCAUUUGAUGAAGCGGAGGAAUUUUUGGCUUCUGAUAUAGAAUUGCUUGAGAAGAUAGUCGAAACACGAGGGGCUGCAGUUAUAUCAUCCCAUAUUAAAAACUGGAAUAUUAGAACGGAGAACGGCUUCUCAUCUGAUGUUGUCAUGCGUAGUUUUGCAUUGAUUUCGAAGUACGCUGUUUCCCGCAAAAGAACAUGGAUCGUAUUGGGUGAAAAUGAAAAAAGUACGGUUACGCUGGUUGCCGAGGACCCUGAUCGGCCAGUCGUGGACGUCGUUGUCGUUGUAGAUCCAUUGUCAAGAACUGCACAAAAGCUAGCACAUAUUCUGGAUUUGUUGCGAAAGACAAUAAACUGUGACUUAAAGAUCGUGCUCAAUCCAAAACCGAAGCUCAGCGAACUCCCUCUUAAAAGAUUUUAUCGUUUUGUCGCAGCACCUGAACUUCAAUUCGACAAGAGCGGGAAAGUUGUUGCAACCCAAGCUCGGUACUUUUUCAUUUUCCUAUGCGCUUCUUUUCCCACAUAUUUCUGUAUACAAGUUAGCAAUUUGUCCGUCCAUAUGUCUUCUUUCCCUGGCAUUCAUUGCAUUUGA